AUGUUGAUCUCACGUCUCAAGGCUCUUUCUCUCCUGGGCUUGGCUUGGCUUAAUGGAGUCAGUGCCAGAACUAUCGGAACGGAUUUGAAGCUCCUCAAUGGAAGACAGCAAGACAUUGUUACAUGGGACGACAAAAGCUUGUUCAUCAAUGGCGAGAGAUUGAUGAUCUUCAGCGCCGAGUUUCAUGCCUUUAGAAUGCCGGUUCCAUCUCUUUGGCUCGAUAUUCUCCAAAAGAUCAAGGCAGCUGGCUACAACUCGGUCUCAUUCUACGUUAAUUGGGGACUCCUGGAGGCGAAACCUGGAGAGGUUCGUCCUGAGGGCAUUUUUGCCCUCGAGCCACUCUUCGAAGCAGCCAAAAAGGCCGGGCUUUAUCUCUUUGCUCGACCGGGACCGUAUAUUAACGCCGAAGUCACCGGAGGAGGUUUCCCUGGUUGGCUCCAGAGAGUCCAAGGAGCUCUCAGGACCAGCGACGAGGCCUACCUAAAGGCAACUGACAACUACACUGCCGCCCUCGGGAGCACCAUCGCCAAAGCUCAAAUUACCAAUGGAGGACCAGUCAUCCUUUUCCAAAUGGAAAAUGAGUACAACGCCGCCGUCGACCCGUACCCGUUCCCCGACUACGACUACUGGAAGUACGUCGAUCAUCAGUUCCGCAGCCAGGGCGUCGUCGUGCCGUACGUCAACAAUGAGGCCUGGCAGCUGGGCGCCAUCACUGCGCUUACGCCCGCCAAGGUCGACAUCUACGGACACGAUAGCUAUCCGCUGGGCUUCGAUUGCUGGAACCCUACCGUCUGGCCUGAGAAUGGUCUUCCAAUUGAUUGGCUCGCGACGAAUAAUGCCAUUGCACCGACUACCCCAUAUACGAUUGUUGAGUUCCAAGGCGGAGGCUUCCAGCCGUGGGGAGGUGCCGGCUUCGAGUAUUGUGCAGCUCUCCUCAACCACGAAUUCGAGCGUGUGCUUUACAAGAACAACUACGCCGUUGGAGUCACUAUAUUCAAUAUCUACAUGACUUGGGGUGGCACGAAUUGGGGCAACCUCGGAUAUUCUGACGGCUACACGUCCUACGACUAUGGCGCGCAGAUCACCGAAGAACGUCUCGUCAACCGAGAGAAGUACAGCGAGACCAAGCUGCAGUCCAACUUCCUUCACGUUUCUCCUGCCUACCUCGUUGCUGAUCGUUUCAACUCCUCUCUCGAGUGGACCAACAACGACGCAAUCACCGUGACUCCAGCCACAACCAACACCACCAAGUUCUACAUCACCAGACACACAAAGUACGAUGCUCUUGAGACAACCGCCUAUAAGUUGAAGGUCAAGACUGUCAAGUACGGAGAAAUCGAAGUACCUCAGCUCAGCGACAGCCUGUACUUGACUAGACGAGAUUCCAAGAUUCAUGUCAGCGACUACCCUAUCGGCAAUAAGAACUUGGUCUACUCUACGGCUGAGAUCUUUACCUGGAAGAAGUACGCGGACAAGACCGUGCUAGUCGUCUAUGGAGGUGCCGAUGAGCAUCAUGAAUUGGCUAUCGAGGGUGAACAAGCCGAUAUCACCGAUGAGAACAUCAUUGAGGGCUCGGACGUUACAAUCCAGCAGAAAGAUGGCUACACGGUCCUGGGUUGGGCUGUUUCGGACGAGCGCAAGGUCGUCCGCGUACACGAGGAUCUUUACGUCUAUCUCCUGAACCGCAACGAGGCCUACAGUUUCUGGGUCCCUCCCAUUGUCGGCGACUUUGGAACCUCUGAUGUCAUCGUCAAGGCCGGUUACCUCAUCCGGAACGUUGCCGUCAAUGCGGACUCCAUCAGCUUCACUGGCGAUGUCAACACCACAACCACCAUUGAAAUCAUCGGUGGUGCCCCUGCCCCUCUGAAGACCCUGAACUUCAACGGCAAAUCUCUCGACUUCAAGCAGAAUGACCACGGAGCUGUGACUGCUAGAGUUGACUUCUCUACCCCCGAAAUCAAGCUUCCUUGCAUCAGCCAGCUCAGCUGGAAGUAUGUCGAUAGUCUACCAGAGAUCAAGUCGGACUACUCUGACGAACUAUGGACGGCUGCGGACCUCGAAAAAACGUACAACACCGCGAAUCCGCUAAAGACCCCCACCAGUUUGUACGGGGGAGACUACGGAUAUCACACCGGCUCGCUCCUCUAUCGGGGUCACUUCACUGCCAACGGCGAUGAGUCGACUUUCAACAUCACUACCCAGGGAGGCAACGCCUACGGUGCUUCCGUGUGGCUGGACGACGAGUUCAUCGGCUCUUGGGUCGGAAAUGCCGUCUCGCCCGCGUAUAAUAGCACGUUCACCCUGCCCAAGUUGACAAAGGACAAAGAUUACGUUUUCACGGUCGUGGUUGACCACAUGGGUUUAAACGGCAACUGGGUCGUUGGCGAGGAGCAGCAGAAGAAUCCACGAGGCAUCCUCAACUACAACCUAGCGGGCCAUGAGCAAUCUGACAUCAAGUGGAAGAUUACUGGCAACUUGGGCGGCGAAGACUACGCCGACAGAGUGCGCGGCCCUCUCAACGAAGGUGGCCUGUUCAUUGAGCGGCAGGGCUAUCACUGGCCCGAACCUCCAUCGGCCUCCUGGGAGGACAGCACGGGUCCCGCAGCAGGAAUCAAAAAGGCCGGUAUCGCCUACUACUCCGCGACCUUUGAUCUCGACCUUCCCGUAGGGUUCGAUGUACCGCUAUCUCUAACGUUCGCCAACACCACGGUCUCCGCCUACCGGGCUCAGAUCUUUGUCAACGGCUACCAGUUUGGCAAAUUUGUUCACCAUAUCGGCCCGCAGGCUCGCUUCCCGAUUCCUGAGGGUAUUCUGAACUACCAGGGAUCUAACCACCUCGGCAUCACACUUUGGGCCAUGGAGAAGGGUGGCGCCAAGGUUGAGGGACUCAAGUGGGAGGUUGGCAUGGUUAGUGCGACCGGCUUUGGAAAUGUGACGCCGGCACCGCAGCCGAAGUGGGUGGAGAGAAAGGGGGCCUACUGA